AUGGCGAGCAAGCAGUCGGAGGAUUUGGAGUCCUCUCAGACCCAGAGUUACGGCGCUGUUGAUGAAGUAGCUGGACAGCAAGCUCAGCAAGCCAAGGGGACUGCCCCCGCCCCGACGGUCGUGUCGGUCUUGCUGCAGGCGAUCAUCUAUGCAUUGGCCAUCCUGCUGCUGACCCUGAUCUUUCUCAUUCCUUCUCCACUUGUUGACCCUAAAGCUGAGGGACACCAUGCCGAGAACAUCAAGCAGGGCCGGCAGAUGGUGAUGCGAAACAUUAUUUACGGGACUUUGUCAGCAGGCUGCCUCGCAUACUUGAUGCAUCUUCUUAAGCAGCCACUCAUACUGGGCUAUUUGCUCGGAGGUGUGCUGGUUGGCCCCAUUGGUCUGCGCCUGGUGGUCGAAGAACAAGAGAUUGCGACCAUAAGCGAGCUUGGCUUGAUCUUCCUUCUUUUUAUGAUCGGGUUGGAGCUGAACGUCAAGGAACUAGCACGACUCGGAAGCAAGAUCUUCCUGCCAGGUUUGAUGCAAUUCCCUAUAUGCGUAGUACUGCACUCAAUCGUCUUUGCUGCUUUGGCCCACUUUGGGUUUCCCAUCUGCCGGUCUCGCCUUGCGACGAUCUAUCUUUCCGUUUGCUGCGGCAUGUCCUCCACGAUGAUUGUGGUGAAGAAGCUCCAGGAUGCGAAUGAGACCAAGACAGAAGCUGGGCAGAUCUCCAUCGGAGUUCUCAUUUUCCAGGACGUGUGGGCGAUCGUGGUUCUGGCACUGCAGCCAAACAUCAACGACCCCCGGCUCUUGGGAAUUGCCCGUACCUUCGCAAUAAUGCUGGCCCUGAUCUGCGUUACGUUCCUCUAUGCUAAAUACGUGCUUCGCCCGCUCAUGAAAGCGGUGGCAGGGUCUUCCGAGAUGAGAAUGAUCCUUUUCGUAUGCUGGUGUUUCUUCGUGUGUGCUGCGGCCAUGUUGCCCUUCGUGAAUGUCUCCACUGAGCUGGCGGCGCUGGUAGCGGGAGCUUCGCUGGCAAGCGCCCCUGGUACACCAGCGAUCAGCAAGACCAUCCGCCACAUCCGUGACUUCUUUGUAACCUUGUACUUUGUUUCCCUGGGUAUGCAAAUCCCGUGCCCCACAAAGCAUGUCUUCUGCUGUGCUUGCAUCGUCUCGGUGGUGGUCAUGGCAACGCGCUGGGUGGGCGUUUUCUGUCCCAUCUAUGGCUGCGGAGGGGAGCUUGGACCUGCAACUCGUUCCACCAUCAACCUCUCGCAGAUCAGCGAAUUCGCCAUGGUCAUCACAGCCAUUGGAUGCAAGCAGGAGCAUGUGCCCAAGGAGACCCUGACCAUACUGUCCUGGGUGUUUGUGAUCCUGGCAGUGCUUUCCUCGCCGCUGAUGGAUCAUGGCUCCUCCAUGGGCGAGCUGCUCUAUGCGAAGGCCUUCGAACUGGAGCAGCGGCUGAUGGGCAGGGACCAGAAGGAAGCUGAGCCGAUGCGGCUGCUGGAGUGCUUCAAGCGCGAGCACUGCUGCCACUACAUACAAGGCUUUGAAGUUGUCCUCGAGCUGUGCAAGAUGCUCGUGCCCGAUAUCGAGAAUCCUUGCGAGAAGGUGUGCGACUGCGAGCAGAACAUGCUUGGCAAUUCCAUCUGCGAUGACCACUGUAACACGGAAGCGUGCGGAUGGGACGGUGGUGAUUGUGAAGGCGAGCCCGUUUUCUGCGAGGAGCGGUAUUGCUACGAGAACUUCUACACUUCCACAGGCGAGCUUGACGAAGAGCGCACUUGGAAUGCUCCGCCCACCUGCAGCACGGACGCAGAAGGAUGUCCCUGCAGCUCGGACUGGGAGGUGGAGUGCGAAAGUUUCGGCAUCAAGUUCUGCGAGCGCAGAGACCAUGGCUGCGUUGAGGAAGUCGCCUGUGACGAGGACGAGCACACAUGCAAGGAUCAGUUCUCGAGCUGGUGCAUGCCAAAAGACGCCGGAGAGUGUCCCGUGAUCUGCAACAGCACCGAGAUCUACUGCUUCCGGUGGCAGUACACGGAGGACGGAGAGCGGGACUACUCGCAGGAACACGAGCAGUUCUGUGCCCCACAGAGCAGCGGUUGCCCUUGCGAUCCGACGCAUGAGCGGAAGUGCCACGACCCUGAGUUUGGAAACAGCUGGUGCCAGCCAGUUGAUGAGAACUGCCCGCUGUUCUGCCUGGACAGCGAGCAGGACUGCUACCAGGUCCAGUACGGGUCUGACGGCUACCCAAACUUCGAGCUGCCCUUCAACCAGUCUUGCCAGCCAGCAGACCAGCCCUGCCCAUGUGAUCCAACUCACGAGGAGCUCUGCCAGGACCUUGUGGGAAGCUGGUGCCAGAGCAAGGUCUAUGGAACCUGCCCUGUGCAUUGCACGGAAGAUCAGAUUACCUGCUGGGUGUCACCCUAUGAUGACACAGGCAUGCUGGACCACGAUGGGCAAUGGACGGAGGUUUGCGCCGACCGGACGGACGGCUGCCCCUGCAACACGCUCUGGGAGAAAUCGUGCACUUUCGAAGGGGACAAGUUCUGCAUCCCCGUGUCUGAGCAAUGUCCUCUGGACUGUGGAGACUUGGGCAUCUGCUACCACUACGGCUCGGGCAAUCAGAGCUGCGCCACGACGUCGGGCUGCAACUGCGAGACUGACGAGCUGAGAUGCCUGAACACGGAGACGAACCUCUACGAGUGUGAGCCGAGCGAGUGGUAUGCAGACGGGCAGUGUCCGUUGCGCUGCACGGCCGAUGAGCUCUACUGUGGCAUUGUUGCUUUCGAUGCGAACGGUGCCUGGCAGUGGACAAGCGAGUAUUGCUACGAGGGGGAAGACUGUCCGGUCGUCUGCGAUGAUGCAACAGCGCAAAGGUGCCAAGACGGUGAAGACAGCUUUCAUUGCGUUCCCAAGACUGAAUCGUGCCCGGUUUACUGCAAUGACGAGCAGAAGUACUGCUGGGUUGUAAACUUCGACGGCAAUGGAGGAAUGACCGGCUUUGUGGAGCAAUGUGCACCCAAGUCAGAGCCGUGCCCUUGCGGAGUCGGUGCGACGCAGUGCACAAACCCCUACGAAGCCGACUACGAGCCAUACUGUGAAGCCGCGUCGAUCGGGUGUCCCGUCUACUGCCACCCAAUCCGAGAGAAGAUGUGCUAUCCGUUUUCCUACACUCCACAAGGCCAACCUGAUUGGAAUGCACCAGUUCUGGAGAGCUGUGCAAAUGUGUCAAAGUCGUGCCCCUGCGGCGCAAAUGCUCAGAUGUGCAGAUGGGUGGAUGAAUUCGGGCAGCAGGAGGAGUUCUGCGAGCCGAACACCGUUACGUGCCCUGUGACCUGUGCAUCAGAUGAGAAGAAGUGCUUCGUCUUGGACUACGACAAGCGCGGCAAUCCACUAGAAGUUCGGGAAGUCUGCGAGAAGCGAGCCAACCCCUGUCUGUGCGGUACGAACUCCCAGCGAUGCUACGACCCUUUUGCAGACGAUCACUAUUGCUACCCACUUUGGGACAGCGAGACGAACAGCUUCUGGGAAGCCCGCGGCAUGCUGUGCAGGGUGGCUGUUGGCUUGGCAUGUGGGACAGCAGCUCUGUGGCUUCUUGUGCUCCUGCACGAUAGCCUCCGCCGGAUGGUAAAUCCAGGCAUCGGCAGCAAGGUUUUUGAAGAGCGGUCUUUACCGAAGUUGUUCUCGCCCACAUCAACGAUUUCCACGUGGGCCACAUCGACUCAGAGUCCUUCAACUGUCUCAAACAGGAUUCUGCAAGCCGCAGGAAGUGCCACAGGAAUCGCAGGACCUCCGCUACCCAUCCACGACGGUAAGAGCAAGAGCAGGGCUCCGAGCAAAGGCGGCGCAGGAACCCUCUGGGAGGAGCUUCCCGUCGUCAAAGGCUAUUCAUUCAGGGGACAGGUCGCAUGCGGAGACUAUGCAUGGAGAGGCUCAGUGCCAGGCGCUAGCGAGACCAACUGGAAGACUGCUAUCGUGAUUCCCAUCCCUGCCAGUAGAGGACUCAGCAGCAUCAUGUUUUGGCAGGUCAAGUUCAUGGUAGCAUGGAUGCUGCGACGGCCAAUCUUGCUGACCUCAGAUGGUCCACUUUUCAAGCUCCUACACUCCAGGCACCGGCCCGAAACGAUGCAAGUCUCAAACAUCACAACAAAGGCCUUGCUCAAGAAGCUGGGAGCGACCGUAGAAGCAGAUAAGUUCCACACCAAGUUCCGGGACAAAGAUGAUUGCAACGCCCAUUUCUUGGAUGUCUACUCUGGUAGAUACUCGAGCAUCAAUAUCUUGAAUUCACCUUCAUAUUGGAAGCUCUCCCCGAAUGCAAGCCUCUUCCUUGGAGUUGGAAGCAAGAACCUUCGGACUCUGGGGAACAUGGUACCACUUGAGUGCAGAAACCGAAUGAUGCGGCAGUUGAGCUCGAAUGGAUGGAGUGGGUAUGAUCAGGCCAGGGCCAUGGUCAUCGUAAGAAAAUUCAAGCUCUUCGGCAAGUGCGCGAUGCGAUUUGCUAUGGGCGAUCCGCAGCCGGACAUGCUCCGCUUCCUGCAUCCUGUUUUGAAAGAGCUGGCAACUACGAAGGCUUUCCUGGUGGGCAUCCAUAUCAGGAUGGGGGACACGAGAAUGAGCAAAGAGCUCGGAAGAGUUUCCGGCGCCGACGACGACCAGCGGUUGCAGGUUCCUCUCCAGUACUAUCUGGUCCACGUGAACAGCUUGCUGCAGACGCUGUCCUGGGCGCUGAGACCCCUGGACGCUCAGCCAGUGGUUUUCGUUGCAAGCGACAGUGCGAAGGCGGUGGAUGUGACGAAGAGGAAGCUCGCCUUCAAGGUCUUGUCCAAUCCGGGCCUGUCAGUGCACUCCACCGACAAGAAAGCCAGCUUUCUCGAGAUCCAGAAGGUCUACGCAGACUGGUACCUCCUGGCCUUGAGCGGGAUCCUGCUUAGCCCGAGCCCGGGGACCAACUGCAACGACGGCUGUGGAAGCGGCUUCUCGAAGACCGCAGGACAGCUUGGCAUGCCUUGGAUGUCUGUCCUCGGCCGGGAUAUCACCACUGCAGACAUGGAAAAGGUGCGGAAGCUUCCACUUGAGGCUUUGGUCGAGCAGGGCAUUUACAAGAGGCGCGCCAGCAAACAGGCGGUGGUUGAGAUGAGCAGAGCUGUCAUCUGUGGGGUCGUGAUGCGAGGGAUUGCGAGGGUGUGCGAAGAGGUCCACGCGAUGUCGCGAUACUUCAACGCCCACGAGCUCGUCCGUGCCAUGCGCUGCCCUGUCUUCUGCACGGCGGACCAAGACAUAUGCUUCAUUGACAGCUUUACUGCCAAUGGCGACUGGGCCAGUGUGGAGAAACAUUGUGUUCCACGGGGAGCGUACUGUGACUGCUCCAAGGGUCAGAAUGCCUUCUCCUGCAACCACACAGAAGCCGGGGUGACAUUCACCGAGUGCCUCCCCAUCAAUGGUGGCUACUGCCCUCCUACCUGCAGCGCUGGGCAAGUUCAGUGCCCUGAAGUGGAUGACUACCGGCCCGAUGGCACUUGGGCAGGCGUUUCGCAGCCCGCGGUUCAUUGCGCAGCUAGCCUCGAAGCAUGUCCCUGCGGGAAGAUGGCAAAGAACUGUGGAGGAUUCAUGGGCUGCAUCUUCAAGGACGAGCUCUGCCCGGUUACGUGCAAAGCAAACGAAAAGAAGUGCUUCGUCUAUGAUUUCGCCGAGAACGAAGACUUCCUCGGCGAGCGCGAAGUCUGUGUGGCGGAGGAUGCUAAAUGCCCAUGUGGCAAGAACACACGUCGAUGCCCCGGCGAAAACCUGUGCUUGCCGACGUCUCAGACGCAGGUGCUGUGCCCUUGUCUUGAGUCCCAGAAGCAGUGCGACGUCAGAGACUUUACAGCAGCAGGCAAAGUUGCUGGACUCUCCACAGUUUGUGUCAGCCGGAGCACGAAAUGCCCCUGUGGCAACAACACGCUGACGUGUCCAGAUCCGAACGAUGCAGAGUCGAACAUCUGCAACCCGAAGUUCAGCGGCACGCUGCUGAACCAGUGCCCAAAGCCCUGUACGCCAGCUGAUGAAGCUGCCGGCAACAAGACUUGCAUCCAGACUCAUCUUACGGACGCUGGCGAAUUCCAGGCCGAAACCAUUAGCUGCCUGCGGCCAGAGAGGUGCCUUCCAGGGCGGAAUAUGAAGAAGUGUCCGUCUGGAUCCGUGAUCCCCGCGGGCAAGCAGUGCCAGGACCUAUACAACGCCGGAAGCAGUAAUACUACGGCCAUCAGCAGCGGAGAGCAGCAGUCGUCCACAGUGAUCUUGACGCUAGAGACGACCAGUGCGGAUGCCCAGGGCAAGUCCGAGGACGCCCGGGUCUUGCUGAACGCGCAGUUGCAGCUGCCGAGUGGGCUCCAAUCCACGCUGGCUCUCAAGGGCGGCUCGCGCCGUCUUGGCCGCUGGCUCUCCGGAAGCGGCUCGGUGCUCUCGUACAGCAUCUCAAAUGCAGGAGCUACAACUGUGUCACCGGAGGCAGUGGCAGAGCAGAUGAAGAAGCAGGUAAAGAGCAGCAGCGCUGGCAUGGUCAGCGCCCUCUCUUCCAUGGGUAACGUUGACACCAAGGCCGGCGUGGCCAUGACCUCCAAAACCCGCACCGUCAAGUCACGGGUCGAGGCAGUCCAAGAGAAGACGAAGGCGGCUCUCGGUAUCACGACCCCGACCACUACGAGCACCACGACCACCACCACGACCACGACGACCACGACGACCACCAGCACCACGAGCCAAGAGUCCACCACGACGACGACAACCUCAACCACGUCGGCUUCCGAGGAUGGUGACGGUGCCAACUCGACAUUGGAGCCCACCAGCACCAGCUCUACCCUUCCUGAAACCACGGAAGGACUUAUUUCCAGCCUUGCACGAGACAGGCUGGUGCUCCGAGUCGCGAUCUCGGUGCUGGCGAUGGCACUCCUGCGGUAG